AUGCCUAAGCGUUGCUGUGUACCAGGCUGCAAGGGAAACUACGAGGCAGAAUUGAGAUCGACACCCUACAGGUCAGUGUUUCGAUUUCCAAAAAAUGAGGAGUUGAAAAAAAAAAUGGGCAUUCGCAAUUUUUUUAAAAGAAAAAUUACAACCACCGAAGAAACCACUAAUCCGUCUAAAAAAAUGGGACUUCAACCAGUACAUCAAGUAAUACCGAGUACAAGUACAAGUAGUAGCUUGGACCAAGAAGAUCAAGGACCAGACACUACAAAAGCAGAUGAGUCAAACACAUUAUUCGGGAUAAGAACAAUGUUAACAGAUAAACCUGUUCAAGAUACCCAAAUGUUGUUAAAUGAUGACCAAUCGGACUCGAAAGACAUUGGAAAUUUCCUUAAUAACUCAUCGUCAAUACCGGAUAAACAAAAAUAUGAUUUAUUAAUAAGUCCAUAUAGACCACCCCCUACCUAUGACUUUAAGAAAGAUGUAGAAUCAAACAAACGACCAUUUAUUCAUAAAUGGCUUAAUCAAUAUGACUGGCUAGCUUAUUCCAAACUUCUUAAAGGCAGCUUUUGUAAAUAUUGUGUCAUUUUCCCACCCACUGUUAACCACGGUAGUGCUUUAGGCGCAUUUAUUACGAAGCCAUUUUUAAAAUAUAGGGAUUUUCACACCCAGGCCAAAAACCACGUCAAUUCAGCUUGGCAUCAAGAUUCAGCCAUUCGGGUUAGAAAACAGCAUGGAGCUAACAAGAAGAUCACCGGAGGCAUUCCGUCUACCAAUACCACUAUCAUGGAGGUUGGUUUCAUCCAACAUCUGAAGAUGGGGCAGGUUGUAAUCUCCCAUGAUGUACAUGACAUCAGAACUAUCACUGAAGUUUUCAAUAUUGUUGCAGUGAUUUUCAUAUUCCACCAAAUUGCUAAGGGGAGGGAAAUAUACUGCACAGAAGUAGGUGGACUUUAUUUUACCAAUAGAUACAGAGACCCACACCUCUUCAUGCCCAGAUGUCAAAUUCCUCAAUUCGACUUGGUGCGAUUUUAA